AUGGGGCAACUAUACUCGGUCCCUUCCGUUGCGGACGGCGAUUUCGCCACGCUAGGAAUCGACCAGCGCAUAAGGAACCCCAUGGAAAAGCGGGGCAUCACGCGGCCAUCACGGCAACAGCACGUCGCCAUCCAGGCUAUGCUCAACAGGGAAAACGUGGUGCUGCAAUCGAAGUCGGGCACGGGUAAAACCCUCAGUUUCUGCAUAGCGCUGGUGCAAAUGAUGCAGCAGCGCUGCUGUGCUGAAAAAAUAGGGGCAGCAAAUGGGCAUGCAGAUAAGAUGCAGACCGCUAAAACAGUAAGGGAGCACAAAGCCGAACCAGACAUAAAAUCAGAGACGGAAAAGAUCCCCACAAGAGAAGAAAUUGAAUUUUCCACUGGAAUUGAAAAGAAAAUUGGAGCGGUGGUCUCAGUGGCCGGCAAAUCGGUAACGACGUCAAGGGCGGGGAAAGGCGACACAACGGUCGAAGUACAAGAGGGAGAAGACAUUGUGAAGCCAAUUUACUCCCUCAAACACGACGAUGAUAUAACUGUGAACAACCGACCAAAUGAUGGGACCGAACAGGCGAAAAAUGAAAUUGUCGGAGCGGGCCACGUCGAUGCCGAACUCCCGCCAGUGGAUACCGACACAGUGCAACUGGCGGUAGACAGCUCGGAAAUGCAAAGGAAGGAAACUGUGGAGGAAGUGACUUUCGGAAACGCAGUCAUUAUUGCCCCCACGCGUGAGCUGGCGGUGCAAAUCAAUCGCACUUUAAACGAGUUGGCAGAGGAAAUGCCAGACAUCAAAACAGCUCUAAAUGUGGGUGGUACGGACAUACAAAAGGAUGUAGGCGAUUUCAUAAACCGGGCGCCCCAAAUCCUGGUGGCAACUCCAGGAAGACUCAUAAACGUCAUAAAAUUUGUCAAACGACUGUCGAAGGCCUCCGCUACGCAGGACAAAGUAUUGUAUUGGGACACGCAUAUCGUUGUCUUGGACGAGGCAGACAUGCUGAUUGACGAGCACUUCAUGGAGCAGACAAAAGCCAUCUGCAAAAAGCUCGUCAAUCCCUUUGUACAGGUGGUAGCCACGUCGGCCACCUUCGUGAAGUACCAAUUCAAACUUUACGAGGACGUGAUCAACGACAUUGACGAGGAAUUUUACAGGCGACUACUGCCGACACUUUCCAAAAUUGGGAAAGGAAAUUUAGACGUACUGAAAAGCACCUUCAGCUAUCAUGUUUAUCGCACACUGAAAAAGUUGGUUGAGAAGGGCGAUUUGAGUAUAGACUGUUCACUCGACGAACCAUGUAAAGAGCUAAAUAAGCCAGAUGAGUCGUACGAGGAUGUGGAAUUUGUUGAACUGGAGGAUUGCUCAAACUCUGAGGCUUCUCUACUAACACAUGAUGCCAGUGAGCCAACGUCGCAGCACCCUAGCACGAACAAGUAUCGCAUACAUCGUACGCUAAAACCAAUUGUCGACUUCCUUAAAGGUUUCACGAGAGAAACGAAGCAGAUGAUCGUUUCGGCAAGCCAUGUUAACCGCGUGGAGCUGCCGACGAAGGGCAUCGUUUGCUUUACCGAAAACGAUUGCCUGCAGGAUAUACAGAGUGUUAAGGAGGCGAUGAAGGGAGGCGAAAAGGAUGUAAUUGAGAAGUUUGACUCUCCGGUACUCAAGAAUGUUGUGUUCUGCUACACCCAAGUACCGGAGGCACCCAAUAUUGUAAAACAGAUAUCGCUCAAACUACAGGUAGUCCUAGAGCUGUUAGAUGAACUGCAAUACCGUAAGUGCAUACUCUUCUGCAACGAAAGCCACACGAGGAUGCUGACAGCGAACACGCUGGAAAGAUUGGGGCUUUCCUGUACCGUCAGCAGUUCUAGGCAAUCCGCUGACACACGACAGCAAAUGGCUGAAAAUGCCGAGAAGAAGGACAGGAACGUCGUCAUAGCUGCCGAUUUGAUGAGUCGGGGAAUACAUAUAGAUAACGUCGACCUCAUCAUAAAUAUGGACCUACCGGCAUCAAAGGAGGCUUUCCUACAUAGAUCUGGCAGGACCGGACGUUUCGGUAAACCCGGAAUAUGCGUGUGCAUAUGCACUGAACCCGAAAUGGACACCCUCCGGUACCUGGAAUACGCACUCAAUUUCAAAUGUUCUCACAUCGAAGAUGUCCUUCACGUCGAAAAAGGAGACGAGGUGGUAUCAGACAAACGGGAGGAUGAAAUCGAUACCCAACAAAUCGCCAACCCAAUUUCAAAUGUUUUAUCCAAUAUUUCGAAAGCCGCCGAAAAUGGCGGCAGUGUACAAUCGGAAGGUUCACCCCGGCAGAAGCCAAUUUCUGUUUGCACAAAGAAUGCACCAGGGGUAUCAAAUCAACAUGAGGUAACUGCAGACAACGAAGAGUACUUUUCUCCGCUACAACGUAUUGAGGACACGAUCUGGGAUACUUUGGUCGCAUCCAUACACAGCCACGUGUUCCCCGGCCUCAUUGAAUACGUCAUACCUGCAUUCUCCAUACUCGCAAAACACGACGUGUACCUGGGGGCUGCAAAACUGUGUAGCGCGCCUAGUGAAGGUCAUGACUCAGUGGGCGGGUCCACUUCGGAAAACACCUUCAGGGUCAAGUUCGUCGAAUAUCACUCAUCGCGGGUGAUACUCCACGUCUCUUCCGACCUGUACCAGGCAGUUGCGGCUUGUGACAAAGGCGAAGAAUUUGACGAAUCCUUGUACCAUAUUAUUGCUAUUCAGGAAAAUGGCAGUGCGAUUUCAAUACUGGACCCCGUCCACCGCAUUUUCAGGACAGUGGAAGGCCCGCUCUUAAUCACUGUGGUCGGCCGCAGGGACGCUCUGGAGCUGAUUAGCGGGCUUAUGACCAUGCUCAACGUGGAGUUCGUCGUGCAUGAGGCUCGCAGGAAGGACAAACACGUGGUCUCUUUCUCAUACAUCGCCUCCAAUCUGGCAAAAUGCCGCGGCACGGCCUUCAACACCGCCGGGAGGGCGAUGGUAAUAGACCUGUUCAGGGAGCGGUUUGCCGAGGAGUGCAGCGAGGACAGGCUGUUAUACAUGGAUGUAGUGGUGACGCACUUCAUCCGCGAGACGGGGCCGACGUUCCCAGCUGCGUUCACAUUCGCCUACCAGGCGGUAACGCAGGAGCUCUACUCGACAGGUGCCGACACAGGUGGCACGGAUGGGGUCGCCAACAGGCGUGCUCGCAACGUCGUACUGCGGCACCCCUUCGAGGUGCACGCACAUAACACGUAG